CUUGUAGGCUAACUUGUCACAGUAUUCUACCUUGUCCCAGUGGCUACCUUGUCCCAGUAUUCUACCUUGUCCCAGUAGGCUACCUUGUCCCAGUAUUCUACCUUGUCUGAGUAGGCUACCUUGUCUCAGUAUUCUACCUUGUCCCAGUAGGCUACCUUGUCCCAGAAUUCUACCUUGUCCCAGUAUUCUACCUUGUCUCAGUAGGCUACCUGGUCUCAGUAUUCUACCCUGUCGCAGGAUGCAGGAGGACCGCGGCCGCUCACAGCGCCCAGGCCUGGCCGCCGGGCUGCUCUGCGGGAUUCUGUUUGUGGGCUCAGCGCUGCUGGUCCUCUGCUCGUCCUACCGCAGUCUGGACGGGAACCAGCAGCGUGUCGGCAGGAGUCUGGCUGGUCCAAAGACAGCAGGUCCCAGCUGCUACAGCCCUCCGCCGGAGAAGCCCGUCGCCUUCCUCAGAGGCCCAAAGAAGGACCGGAAGUCGCCCAGCUGUGGGAGGACCGCAGUGGUGCAGUGGGCCGGGGAGCCGACGCUGCGCGGGGGGUUCAAGUACGACGAGAAGGACCGCCUGGUGGUGCCCAUCGAGGGCCGCUACUGGGUCUACUUCCAGCUGAACUACUCCGGCGGCCUGCAGGGCAUGCAGUCCUGCAGGCCGCUAAUAAUCACCCAGGGGGUCGUCUGGGUGCGGGAGAGCUACACCGUCAACCAGACCCUGUUACAGGCCCAGGACACCGUGACAGAGCCCCAGCACACCUUCAGCAAGACCCUGCAGGCCUCGGCCGCCUUCGACCUGGCCGCCGGAGACCUCCUGUUCGUAGUGACCAAUUCCCCAGAACUGCUCUCCACCGAGGGGUACCUUGGGGCCGACCUGGAGCUGUAGACCUGGAGACCUGGAGACCUGGCCCUGGAGACCUGGAGCUGGAGACCUGGAGCUGGAGACCUGGAGACCUGGCCCUGGAGACCUGGAGACCUGGCCCUGGAGACCUGGCCCUGGAGACCUGGAGCUGGAGACCUGGAGACCUGGCCCUGGAGACCUGGACCUGGAGACCUGGACCUGGAGACCUGGAGACCAGGAGACCUGGAGUGGAAAUUUGAGAGUCUGUUGCAUUGCCUUGCCUUGCCUUGUUGCAGGGGCGUUUCUAGACAUCAAACUCUCCUGGGAACAGGCCCCCAAUUACUCUAAUCCAACGAAAGAUGCAUGCUGCGUGUAUGAAAUGUGCUAUACAAUGUGCUAUACAAUGUGCUAUACAAUGUGCUAUACAAUGUGCUAUACACCUGCUAUACACUGGCUAUAUGACAUCCCCUGGUUUAGUCAACUGUUACUGCAACUGCCAUAAUGCUGCUGCUGAAGCGGAAACUACUAAUGCUAAAGUAAAAUAAUGAUAAUAAUAAUAAUAAUUAAUGAUCUCUAUAAUCUCUAAUUAAUAUUUAUUAAAUUAUGGACAUUCUCAACAUGUUUUUUAAGGAAUAAAAGUCAUACCCUGCAUUCAUAUGCAAAUAAUAAAAAUAAAACCCGACUCAAGUCAUUAAACUGUUGCACAUUUGCAUUCUUCUCAUUCCACAAUGAUAUUAAUAAUUAAUAAAAACGUGAAGUUGUGUUAUCAUUGCUCUAUACUUAUUUUUGUUUCGCGCCUCAAUCC